UGGGUAAAGGAAGGGUUUUAGGUUUGAGUGGGAGCAAACGAAAUCGGUCGCAGGCGGAGAGAAAGGGGACGAAGAUGGAGGGCGCGUCCUACCAGCGAUUUCCCAAGGUGAAGAUCCGAGAGAUCAAAGACGACUACUGCAAGUUCGAGCUUCGGGACACCGACGCCAGUAUGGCCAACGCCCUCCGCCGAGUCAUGAUCGCCGAGGUUCCCACCGUCGCCAUCGACCUCGUUGAGAUCGAGGUCAACUCCUCCGUCCUCAACGACGAGUUCAUCGCCCACCGUCUCGGCCUCAUUCCCCUCACCAGCGAGGGCGCCAUGGCGAUGCGCUUCUCCAGGGACUGCGACGCCUGCGACGGCGACGGCCAGUGCGGGUUCUGCUCCGUCGAGUUCCACUUGAGCGCCAAGUGCCGCGACGACCGAACCCUAGAUGUCACGAGCAAGGACCUGAUGAGCUCCGACCCUGCUGUUGUCCCUGUCGACUUAUCGGAUACCGGCUCUGGCUACGACAAUCCCGAACAGAGGGGAAUUCUAAUAGUGAAACUACGUCGUGGACAAGAACUGAAGUUGAGAGCCAUUGCCAGAAAAGGCAUUGGCAAAGACCAUGCAAAAUGGUCCCCUGCAGCUACUGUUACUUUCAUGUAUGAACCAGAUAUUCAUGUCAAUGAAGAUUUGAUGGAAAGCUUAACAUUUGAGGAGAAAAGAAGUUGGGUUGAAAGUAGUCCUACCAAAGUGUUUGAUAUUGAUCCCAAUACUCAGCAGGUUGUAGUAGUUGAUCCUGAGGCAUACACAUACGAUGAUGAAGUGAUUAAGAAAGCAGAUGCCAUGGGAAAGCCAGGUCUUGUUGAGAUCAAUGCCAAAGAAGAUAGUUUUAUAUUCACAGUGGAAUCUACUGGGGCGAUCAAAGCUUCUCAGUUGGUGCUCAAUGCAAUAGAUGUUCUUAAACAAAAGCUCGAUGCUGUUCGCCUUUCAGAGGAUACUGUGGAAGCUGACGACCAAUUUGGCGAGUUGGGUGCACAUAUGCGAGGAGGGUGAUCUCUUUGUAAUACCGCUGGAUUCCUUGGUUCAUUUCCAUGAAUUUUAGUAUUUGUAUUUAUGUCUUGAAACUUUGGGUAACAACUAAAACCUUCUGUUUUUGUUUUUUGUUCUCGUCCAACUCAAACAUGCAUCAUUUGUGAAAUAUGCAAGAAGGGCAUUAUACCGUUAGUUUA